CGUAUGAGAACACGUCCUGCUUUCGCGCGUGCGCGCUGAAAGGAAAACAAAGGAACUUAAAAACCGGAACUAGGAAGGGGAAGUUUUUUCGAAACACGAAAAUGGGAGAUUUGCAUGACGGGUCACCGGUUCCUGCCUUCGAGAAAGACCCGUUGGAUCUUGGGGUUGAAGAUGUCUAUGACAUUUCAUAUGUCAUUGGCAAAGACUUGUUAAAGAUUAACAGUGAUGGUCAGGAGGUCUCAGCUUUACAAUUCAAAAUUGUCCGAGUGUUGGAAAUGUUUGAAAUAAUGGUUAGUAAAUAUAACCUGUCGUUGGAGGAGCUCAGAAUGGAGCGGGACAACCUAAAGGUGGACCUGGACAGGGUUGUUGCUGGUUCACAUGAUAACAGUAACAAUAUAAUUGGGCCUGACAAGUUGGUGAUAGAUAUGAAGGACCCAAACCGACCACGAUUCACAAUGCAGGAGCUGAAGGAGGUCCUACAGGAGAGGAAUCAGCUUAAAACACAACUACUGUUGGCCCAAGAAGAGCUUCAACUAUAUAAAAGUGGUGUCUUACCUCAUUUAGAACCGAAAAUGGUGGAAGUAGAUCUGGAGACUCCUUUCUCACUUCGUACUUCUCCACUUUCUUGUCCGGAGGAGAAUAAAGAACAAAAAGAGGAAAAAACUACUAUUCAAAAACUGUUUUCAUUUAGAAGAAAAUGACAUCAUCUAACUUACAUCUACAGAAAUUAUAAAAUAUUUUGAUAGAUACUUACUCAACUUUGCAGUGUCAAAUCAAUUUGACAAUUUGUUGUCGAUUUGAAAUAAUCUUCAUUGGUACAAUAUAUGGUACAAUUUCUAGUUUUUAAACACAACUGAUUUCUCUAACACAGUAGUCACCUUUUAAAUUCUAUAUUCCUACUUCAAGAAGGCUCAUCGUUUAAUGUUGAUCGGCAGUUUAUUAAUUUAUGUUAAAUAAAUAUAAUGUAAAGGAGGGGUCCUGAGUGGCGAGCAUUUACCCUGUUGUCAGGAGCGAUUAAGUUUAAAUCCCAACCAUAUCUCUCAAACACCAUGACUCCAAAAAAGGAGUUGAAAGUAUUGUUUGACAUUGGAGAAUUGUUUGGGCUUGUGGGUGAAAAUAGAAGAAACAGUCUGGAAAGACUGUAGUGGUUUUCUAAUUGCAGGUAUUUUGUGGUACAAUUUAAAUAAAAUAUUAAUCUCAUGUAAUGUAUUUUUUUCUACCUGCUCACUCAUGUAUUAACAUAUGUUUAAGAUGUAAUUAAAACUAAAUGAAGAAA